AUGGAGGAGGCAAAGGAGAAGGGGCUCACCUGCCGCACCUGCGAUCAAUUCUUCUCCUCGCUUGAAGCCCAGCAGGCUCACUUCAAGGGCGAGUGGCACCUCUUCAACCUCCAACGCAUGCUGGUCGACCAGGCGAGGGUCGAUGAGGCCACCUUCACCGCGCUACGCGACGAAUCUCUCCUCCAGCAAUCCGUGGAGGGCGAAGACGAAGACGAUGCAGAGUAUGGAAACGCGAGUAGUGACAGCAGCAGCGAAGACGAAGAUGGAGCCGCCAGCAACCAGUCUCGGAGGAACAGGCCCGAGAAGGGACCACGGAUGCGGGUCACCACGAGCGAUGGUCGUGUGAUCAGCUUCUGGCGUGCCAUUCUGCCUUCACGCGACUUGGAGGACGGCUACUUCAGUCUCACCGCCAGCCAGGAGCAGGGCAGCCCGCAGCUGCAGGAGGUGGUGCGCGGGCUGGGCGAUGCGACUUCGCGGGUGUGGGUGUACCUCAUGUGCAGCGGCGGCUACUUUGCCGGCUCUGUCUUUGAUGGCAACAAGGUCAUCGCUCACAAGACGUACCGUCGGUACACGGUGCGCCGGAAGCAGGGCGGCAGUCAGUCUUCGCGCGACGCCCAGGGCAACAAACCCAAGUCGGCCGGAGCGUUCAUGCGACGCUACCACGAGGCCCAAUUGCAGCGGGAAAUAAGAGAGCUGCUAGCUAAGUGGAAGCCCUAUUUUGACGCCAGUGCUCUCGUGUUCUACUACCUGCCCGGCGGCGGCAUCAAUCGUCACAUGUUCUUCUACGAGGGCAGUCCUCUGGGCACCAAGAAGGGACGGGGUCGGGGUGCGAAUCCUAAGCUGCGGUCAAUUCCGUUCCCCAUUGAGCGGCCGUCGGUCACCGCCAUUCAGAAGGCGCACGAGAUCCUGUCCACCAUCGAAAUCGAAGACGAAGAGCAGCACGACCCCGUCGUCGAACCGGUGCUCCCGCAGGCGACAACGCCCGCCAGGCCCUCCCCGGAGACCGAUACAACCAGCGGGGUGGAGCAAGUGGACCACCGACCACUCGCUCAUAGCCAAGAAGGGCGAAGCGACGAGGAAAGGAAAGAGGAAGAGCAAAGAGCGGAAGCGGAGAUCAUCGACGCCGUGCGCGCCAACGAUGCCCGCCUUAUCGAAGAGCUUUUUGAACGCGUCGCUGACACCGACCUGCUGAUCGGUGCCGGAUCGAGCGAUCUCACCCCGCUCUACGUCGCAUGCGAGCUGGCCAACGCCGAUCUCGUAAACCUGCUUCUGAAGAAGGGACAACCCAUCAACACUCGGAUACCCGGCUAUCACUACUGGACGGUGCUGCACCGAGCGAGCGCCGACGGGAACAUCAAGCUGGUGAAUCUCCUCUUGGCCAACGGCGCCGAUCCCACCAUCCGAGGCCUCAUCAGCAAGACCCCCUACGACCUAGCGCCCAACAAGGAUACUCGCAACGCCUUCCGACGGUUUGCUGGAGACAAUCCAACGCUGUGGGACUACGACGAGGCCAAGGUGCCGCCGCUCACGAAGGAGAUGGAGGUCGAGGGCCGCAAGAAGGAGCUGGAGAAGAAGAAGAAGCGAAAGGACGCCCUCAAGGCCCGCAAGGCCCGCGAACGCGAGGAGGAGGAGGCCCGCAAGCGGCAGCAGGACGAGCGGCGCAAGGCCAAGAAGCGACGCGAGCAGGAGGAGCGCGAGCGCAAGCGCAAGGCCGAAGAGGAGGAGCGCGAGCGCAAGCGUAAGGCUCAGCAGGAGGAGGACGAGGCCGACGAGGAGCUCCAGCGCGCCAUCCAGCUCUCCCUCACCCUCGGCACCUCCACCGACGACGCCACCACGCCAACAUCCACAUCAUCAACCACGCCAAUGCCAACCAAGACGACAGCACCACCAUCAACGGCGUCGUCAACACCGUCGGCAUCAUCAUCAACGCCAACGGCUUCGUCGGCGGCGAAGGCGAGCGGCGGCGGGCCGGAGUGCGACCUGUGCCAUAAGCGGAUGGGGGAGAAGGCGGUGCCGUUCUAUCGGCUGAGCUUCAAGUACUGCUCGACCAAGUGCGUACAGGAGCACCGCAAGCAGCUGGGCAGGUGA